AUGCCGCCUGUAGCAUUACUUAAUGAGGCAUCUAAGAAGCAGCUUCGUGUUGCUAUAAUCGGCCAGAGCACGUUCGCCGCGGAAGUCUUUAAAUUACUCCAGAAGGAUGGCCAUGAAGUUGUCGGAGUAUUCACAGUCCUGGAUAAAGGGAAUAGAGAAGACCCUCUUGCAACAAUUGCGGCACAAUAUGGAAAACCAGUGUUUAAAUUCAAGACUUGGCGCAUUAAAGGAAAAGUAAUUCCGGAAGUGCUGGAGCAAUACAAAUCUGUGAAUGCCGACAUCAAUGUGUUGCCAUUCUGCACACAGUUCAUACCAAUGGAAGUGAUCCUGUACCCUAAAUAUCAGAGUAUCUGCUACCACCCCAGUCUCUUGCCCAGACACAGAGGUGCUUCGUCAAUAAACUGGACAUUAAUAGAAGGAGACACAACAUGCGGCCUGUCUAUCUUCUGGGCGGAUGACGGCCUGGACACCGGGCCAAUCCUUUAUCAAAAGUCUUUCCCGGUUACUAUCGACGACACAGUAGACACUUUGUACAACAAGUACUUAUAUCCCGAAGGCAUUAAGGCCCUUGCGGAAUCCGUGAACAUGGUAGCAAAUGGUACCGCUCCAAAGAUCAAUCAAACAGAAGAGGGAGCCACUUAUGACCCAGCUCUCUUCAAACCUGAAACACAUCAGAUCGAUUGGUCGAAAGGUGGUGUAGCCUUACAUAACUUCAUUCGUGGUCUUGACUCCUCACCCGGAGCCACUACUUUUAUCAAACCUCAGACAAAGGAAAGUGUGGAUGAAGCUAGCGAAGCAAACAUUGAAAUAAAAUUCUUUGGCUCAUCUCUAUGGCAAACUGAAUACGAAACUAAAGGUGAUAAAUUGAUAAUACCAGGCUUGAAGAAACCAGCUGUCAUACAUGAAGCAGGACUCUUGAUCACCGCUAACGAUGGCGUUCAGUUGAACAUACAAAGAUUAAAAGUUAAUGGUAAAAUGAUUAAAGCACAAAACUUCUUCAAAGCGAACGAGAAGAAAGUGUCCCUAGAACUAACAGCUGACGAGAAACAAUUCGUAGAGAGCGCUCGUGACAUUUGGAAGGCGAUACUCCGCGUUGACAUCGAAGAAGACACCGACUUCUUUACAAGCGGAGCAGGAUCCAUGGAUGUGGUUCGACUUGUUGAGGAAGUUAAAGAGCUGGCAAACAUCGAACUACAAAAUGAGGAUAUCUAUAUGAACGCAACAUUCGAAGAGUUUUGUAACAUUGCCGUUUUGAAAUCUAGAGGAUGUUCUAAAAAGAAGGAGAUUGUCUACAAUGGAGUUGAAAUGGAAGUGAACAAAAUGAAAAUAAAAUUCCCAACUCAAUUGUUCAUUAAUGGAGAGUUCGUUAAUUCCGACAGUGGAAAGAUGUUGACUUUGAUCAAUCCAACAGAUGAAUCUGUUAUUUGUAAAGUUCAUAGUGCAUCAGCGAACGAUGUCGAUAAAGCCGUUAUGGCUGCUAAAGUUGCAUUUGAAGAAGGUGAAUGGUCGAAGAUCAGUGCCAGGGAAAGAGGGCAACUCUUAUUUAAACUUGCAGAUCUAAUGGAGCAGCACAAGGAGGAACUAGCAACCAUAGAGUCAAUAGACUCCGGAGCAGUUUACACAUUAGCCCUAAAAACCCACGUUGGCAUGUCCAUUGACACGUGGAGAUACUUCGCAGGAUGGUGUGACAAGAUACAAGGGGCCACUAUACCUAUAAACCAUGCGAGACCUAACAGAAACCUGUGUUUGACAAAGAAAGAACCGAUUGGUGUGUGUGCGUUAAUAACCCCAUGGAAUUAUCCAUUGAUGAUGUUGUCGUGGAAAAUGGCUGCUUGUCUGGCAGCUGGAAAUACAGUCGUAAUGAAACCAGCGGCGGUAUGUCCCCUCACGGCGUUGAAGUUCGCCGAGUUGUCGGUCCUUGCGGGAAUUCCCCCGGGCGUCAUCAACAUACUGCCGGGCAGCGGUACGGUGUGCGGACAGGCGCUAGCAGAUCACCCACUCGUCAGGAAGUUGGGUUUCACCGGCAGUACGGAGAUCGGUCAAACAAUAAUGAAGUCUUGUGCCGUUUCAAAUUUGAAAAAGGUGUCGCUGGAGCUUGGAGGCAAAUCGCCGCUAGUUAUUUUCGAAGACUGUGACCUGGAUAAAGCAGUGAGGAAUGGCAUGGCCGCUGUAUUUUUCAAUAAAGGAGAAAACUGCAUAGCAGCGGGCCGUCUGUUCGUAGAAGAGUCGAUACACGAUGAGUUUGUAAGACGUGUGGUAGAAGAGACCAAGAAGAUGGCGAUUGGCGAUCCCCUGCAUAGGGGUACAGUUCACGGACCACAAAAUCACAAAGCUCACAUGGAUAAACUAAUUGAGUUCUGCGAGCUGGGAGUGAAGGAGGGCGCCAAAUUAGUAUACGGGGGUAAACGAUUGGACCGCAAGGGCUACUUCUUCAUGCCGACCAUCUUUACCGAAGUCACCGACGACAUGUUUAUUGCAAAGGAGGAGUCGUUCGGACCAAUCAUGAUUAUAAGCAAGUUCAGCAGCAAGCGUGUGGAGGAGGUGGUGCGGCGCGCGAACGCGAGCGAGUACGGGCUGGCGAGCGGCGUGUUCACGCGCGACGUGGGCCGCGCGCUCCUGCUCGCCGAGCGCCUCGACGCCGGCACCGUGUUCGUGAACACGUACAACAAGACCGACGUCGCCGCGCCCUUCGGCGGCUUCAAGCGCUCCGGUUUCGGAAAGGAUCUCGGUGAAGAAGCGCUGAACGAGUAUCUCAAGACGAAGUGUAUUACCAUAGAGUACUGA